AUGACUUCUCGCAAGCGCUCAUCAGAUUUGCAGGAUCUGGGUGAAACUCAGCUCCAGUCCAAAAAAGCCAAAGUUGGCCCAGGAGAUGCAGGCACCUCGAAAGUUGAUGCGAAUGGAGACAAGUACUGGGAACUCUCCAAAAUGCGGCGAGUGACCGUAUCCUCAUUCCGCGGCAAGGCAAUGGUCAGUAUUCGUGAGUACUACGAAAAAGAUGGCCAGGAGCUUCCCGGCAAGAAGGGUAUUUCCAUGACCGUUGACCAAUUCGCUGCGCUGGUCAAUAUUCUUCCUGGUAUUGAGGAGUCCCUCAAGGAACAGGGUGUGUCACUGCCCAGACCUAUGUACUUGGGAGACGGAGCUCAAUCCGACGUGGAUCAAGACAAGAUAAACAAGAGCUCCAGUUCCUCCAAGCAAAAUAUCGAGGCUACCAGUGAGGAGGAAAGUGAGGCAUAA